AUGGCGGCAGCGAACGACGAGAUGAGCAUCACACAGGGUCUCGACACCAAGGGCGGCGAUGUCGCCAACAUCGAAGACCAGUCCCCUGCGGACCCCAACGCUCCGCGGACCAUGAGCCCGGAGCGCCGCGUGGUUGUCGAGAAGAGCUUGAAGCGCAAGAUUGACACGCGAUGCUCGCUGUUCGUGCUCAUCUACAUCAUGAACUACCUCGACAGAAACAACAUCGCGGCCGCCCGCCUUCGCGGUCUGCAAACCGACCUCAACCUGAACGAUACCCAAUACGCCACCUGCCUGAGCAUUCUGUACGUCGGCUACAUCCUCAUGCAGGUCCCCUCCAACAUGAUCAUCAACAAGAUCUCGCGCCCCUCCUGGUACAUCUCCGCUGCCAUGGUGGUCUGGGGCCUCAUCUCGACCCUGUCCGGCGUCACCACAAACUUCGGCGGCAUGGUCGCCACGCGCUUCUUCCUGGGUUUCAUCGAGGCCGCCUUUCUGCCCGGCGCCCUCCUCAUCCUGUCCAAGUGGUACACCCGCCGCGAGCUCAGCACCCGCAACGCCAUCCUCUUCUGCGGCAACCUCAUCUCCAACGCCUUCUCCGCCCUGAUCGGCGCCGGCGUCCUCUCCAACAUGCAGGGCGUCCUCGGCCACGCUGCCUGGCGCUGGCUCUUCUGGAUCGAGGGCGCCAUCACCAUGACCAUCGCCAUUUCCGCCGCCUUCAUCCUCCCCGACCUGCCCACCAACUCCAAGGGCUUCACCGAGGAGGAGCUGUACGUUGCGCAGCUGCGCAUGACGGAGGACGUCGGCGAGGCCGAUGUCGACUCGCAAGAGAUGGGCCCCAUGGAUGGGUUGUACAUGGCCGUCAAGGACGUCAAGAUCUACGUCAUGAUGAUUACCUUUACGGCCUACGUCGUGGGUCUGUCGUUCAACGCCUUCUUCCCCACUCUCACCGGUACCCUCGGCUUCGAUUACGUCCCGACUCUACUCAUGAGCUCGCCUCCCUGGGCCUUUUCCUGCAUUGUCUCCCUUAUCAACGCCUGGCACGCCGACCGUCAGCAAGAGAGAUUCUGGCACAUCGUCGGCCCCAUCUGCGUCGGUAUGGUCGGUUUCGUCAUCUCCAUGUCGACCCUCAACGUAGCGGCCCGCUACGUCGCGCUCUUCCUCCAGGCCAGCUCGUACGCCGGCUUCAUCGUCUUCUACUCCUGGAUCUCCUCUUCCUUCCCCCGCCCGCCCGCCAAGCGCGCCGUCGCCAUCGCCAUGAUCAACGCCUUCUCUCAGCUGGGUAACAUCGCCGGGUCCUACGUCUGGGGCCUCAAGGACCACGGCUACCGCAAGAGCUACGGCAUCGUCACUGCCAUGUUCGGCGUCACUAUCAUCGGCUGCUACGUCUUCAAGGUCAUCCUCGACAACCUCAACAAGAAGCUCGAGGCCGGCGAGCGCGCAUGGGAGGUUCACGGCGACGUUGCCCACCAGACCGCCGAGGUCACUGACGGCGACGAGAUUGCCGCUGCUCGCAAGAUGGGCAAGGGCUUUAGGUACCUUGUCUGA